CAAAUAGAGCUUGACUUUUGAUUGGUCAAGGCUGUCCGUGUCUUACUGGUCUAUAAGUAAGAAAUCUUCAUUAAUUCAGACUUGCAAUCAUCACUUUGGGCAUUUCUGCAGCUGGCACAACACUGGACGUCUUGACAAUAUGGCAAUGAAAGCUACAGUCACUGUGUUUGUGUUUUUGAGUCUCUUCGGAUUGAACAGCAGCUUCUACAGAAAACAUUAUUAUGUGUUUGAGAGUAUGGAGUGGUCAAGAGCACGGGAAUACUGCCAAACUCACCAUGAUGACCUGUCCACCGCUAGCUAUGAAGAACUGCAACAACUUUCUGAUAAUUCACAGCUCACUGAUUAUUACUGGAUUGGACUUAGAGAUGCUACCUACUCAGAACUGUGGAAAUGGACUGGAGGCGAGGAUGCAACUGAUGUCAGGUGGGACAAUAACGAACCAGAUAAUUGGUAUGAACAAUGUGGUUGCGUCAAAAAGUCCUCUUCUAAAGUUCAUGACUUUCAUUGCUCUCGGAAAUUACCAUUUUACUGUAUGGAGGUCUUUGAGCUGAUCGUGGUGCAGCAGAAGAACACCUGGGAAGAGGCUCUGGAAUACUGCAGACAAAACUACAUUGAUCUUGCCAGUUUAAGCUCAGAUGUGAUUAUGAAGGAGGCAGAAGAUAAGAGCACACCAGCCCUGACAGAUGAUGUAUGGAUUGGUCUGCGCUUCAUCGCUGGUCACUGGUUCUGGCUAAAUGGAGAAGAUCUGGGCUAUAAGGUCUGGUCUGCGGCUGGAGAGCUCCAGUGUCCUGCCAUGGAUCAGCGCUGUGGGGUUUAUGAUGUAAUGAAUAAGGUUUGGAAACCCGCAGACUGUGAGAAGAGACUCAACUUUCUCUGCGUCAAGACUGUUGGCUAACAUUGGCACAUUUACAGAAAUGUUGAUUAAUAUGAUUAAUGAAAUUAUUCAUGGUUGGUUAAUUCAAUUUAAAAUGAAACUAUUUUCGAAGCAUAUUUUAAUAGUCAAUAUAGAUGUUGGUUAACUGCCGUGCAUUGCGAUAAUAAUAACGAUAAAGUCUAGUCUUUCAUUUGAAACUAAAUGUUGUUAGCUGCAUCCUAAAGUUUUUUGGUACGUUAUAAGCAACACACAUUCAAAUCUGCUGUAACUUUUUUGCACAAAUGAUCUUUCCGUCUGAAUACUCAUUUAUUUUUCUUUUUACAUAUUUUGCUUUCUUAAACUAUUAAA